GGACCACUCUGCUCGAUCAAAUUACAUUCCUACCCUUCCUUCUCCCACACUACUCUCCUAUAUGUACAUGUACCUGCCUUUGAUUUCCAUCCAUUUUUUCAACCGUAUACACGCCGCAACUACAUACAGCAUAUACAUACAAACACUCUCCAGCUUUACAUUUAGAAUUGAGCUCGUAGAGAUAUGGAGAUCGCGCAUGCGAGAGCUGCGGAGGUGAAGAGCGCUGCCAACUCCACGACUAAAAGACGAAAGCUUGAUGCUGGAGAGCUUGUCCAAUCUUCGUCUUCGAGUUUCGACAAUUUGAGUAAAUGCAGUUGUCUGAUCAAUUCACCUGAGAAUUCAAAGUCUCCGGUGAGAAAUUCAGCUUCUUCCGAUCAAAGUCCGGCUGACAUGCCUUGUAGUCACGAAUUAUGCGACAACAGCUCGAGAUCCGCUCAUUUGCAGGUUGAGAAUUCGAAAGCUAAUAAUUCAACAUUUAUGAACAGAGAAUUGAGGCUGGACGCGAUGGAAACAACAACAAAGAGGACGACGAAGAGCAAGGCUUCAUCUGCGCAGCAGCCGUCUAUGGCGGAGAUCGAAGAGUUUUUCUCCGUAGCCGAGAAGUACGAAGCUAAACGAUUUGCCGAAAAGUACAAUUUCGAUAUUGUGAAGGAUGUGCCUUUAGAAGGAAAGUACCAGUGGGUUCGUAUAAAGCAGUGAAUUGUGAAAACGAUAACAGAUCUAUAAAUUUCAAAUUGUUUACAGGAAUCCAAGUAUGUGCAUUGUUCAAAAGAAUUUGAUUUUUGAAAAUAAUAUGUACAGAGAUACAUCUCUAUCUAAAUAUGUAGCAGUAUUUAUGUUAAAAAGUUGAUAUAUUUAGGUACUAUGGAAACAAGCAGAAGCUUCGCUUCUCUGCAACGUCCAUUUUGGUUGGUAUGACAUGAAUAUUCACAAUCAAUAUGACAAUAUAUAUAAACACACAUUAAACAAUAUACAGCCCCAUUUGUUUGCAGAAGAUUUAAACAUGUAUGUAUAGAAGAUGAUGAUGAUAUCUUUGUCUAUCCAUGUCUGGGCCGGGUGUAUUGAUAGUGGUAGCAGAGUGACAUUAAUUUUGUGGGGAAUUUGUUUUGGAGUUUGAUUGUUACGUUUGGAAAGCAAGUUUCGUUUGGGUGUGCUUUGGCUUUUUCUUGUUAUUUUGUCAGUUUCUUUGCAUUUUCAAGCCCUAAAUUGCAUAUAUUCCUUUCUCUACAUUGUAAAGUGAAUUGAUUCUUUUGUGCAAAUCAGAGUUUCAGUGGGGUCAUUUUGUUUUCA